GCAUUUGUAUUUAUCUAAAACUAUAUUUUGUUUCGAUAUUAUAUUUUAGACAAAAUUGCAAAAAUGGUCCCUGUGGUUUGCAUUUUUUCAGGAAAAAAGUCCACACCACGAGUUUUUUGGUUUUGUGGUCCUUUUGGACUGGUUUGUUUGUGAGAAUGGUCCCUAUACUUAACACCCGUUAAAAAAAAUCCGUUAACCCCCUCAUGUGCCUUGCACGUGAGGGUAUUUUUGUCUUUUUACUUACAGUGUCAACACUUCCUUCUACCUUUUAUCCCUCAUUUACAAUCCCAAACACCCGUCAACUCCCCACCUCCCUCCUUCUUCCUUCUGCUCCAUUAAACCUGCAAAAAAAAAAGUCGUUAUCGAAAGAACCUAAUCGAAGCAAAAGGAGACAAGGUCAUACUUUAAAGUCGAAAUGGUGUACGUAAUGUGGCAGAUCAGACCAAAAAAUGAAGUUGUCGACGUAUCAUCCUUAUAUGCGGGUGCACCCACAUGGUUUAGUAUUAAGCUUCAUCAUGGUGGGAAGUUUACUAAGUUACCUGACAUAAAGUAUACUGGAGGUGAAGUGCGUUAUGUUGAUUAUGUGGACAUAGAUGAGUUUUCUGUACAUGAACUUGAUGCCAUAAUGCUUGACCUAGGUUACCCAGACCCACGGAUGAUUGAAUUGAGUGUUGAAUCCCCAGUGAUAUACUACCAUUUCAGGAUACCCAAUGGUGACUUUCAAUUUGGUCUUAGAGCUUUAGGGAAUGAUCAGGAUGUUAUCAAUCUUUCUAAAUUUAUUCAAAAUAACAAGUUGAUUGAAGUGUACACAGAACAUGGGAAGACAAAUCUACUCACAUACUUCAUGUCUCCAAAUGCAAAGGGUAAAGUUGUCAUUGAGGAAUUACCAGAAAAUGAUGAUCAAGGGGCUAAAUAUGAGGCUGAAGUUCAUGUAGAAUCUCCAUUGAGAAAUAUGAACCAUGUCAAUGAUGAACCAAUUGGUGAGUACAUGUCUUUGAUUCUUUUUGGGAGUAAAACUGAUGCAUUCUCUCCAGAGUAUAGAAGGGGUAGAGUUGGGAAUUCAAAAAGAGAGGAAGGUUCUUGUAGCAAGAGGCUUAAUUUAGAGGAUAUUGAUGAUUUAAAAGAGAAGGAAAACACUAAUGAGGGUGUUAAGGAGGUUCAUGAGGCUGCAACUGUUGUUGAAGGAUGCUACAAUCCAUUUACUUCAAAUAUUGCUAAUGUAGGGGAUGAGAUGAUUGGGGUUCAUGAUAAUGACCAUAUUGAUGGAUGCUACAACACCCCACCCAUUAAUGAUGAUGAACAAUAUAAUGAACUUUUUGACAACCUUAUGGAAAAUUUAAAUGGAAGUGAUGAGUAUGUUGAAGAGUAUGAAGGGGAUGUUGAAUCUGAAGAGAGUGAUGAAGAGUAUGAAAAGGAUGAAGGUGAUGAUCAUGAUGGGAAACAAUCAGAAAAUGAAGAUAAAGUGGAUGACAUAAUGGAUGAGGAGAACAAUAUAGAAGAUGUUGAUGUGGACAUGGCAGACUUCUUUGUAAAUGUUGAAAGUGAUGUUGAAGGAGCAUGUAUUAAUGAUGGUCAUGAACCUGAAGAUAUGGAAGUGAUCAACAAUGAGGAGUUCGAAUCAUUGGAUGAAGGAUCAGACCAAGACAGAGAAAGAAGAGCUCUCAUAAGAAAUUUGGGAAAAGAAAAAAGGUGCAACCUUGGGUCAGUACAUAUACAGUCAUUCUCAGUGGGGCAAAAGUUUAAAAGUAAAAAAGAAUUAAAGGAGUUAAUUGAUGUGCACGCACUAGAAACAAGAAGGAAUCUAUUCUUUAAAAAAAAUGACAGUCAAAGGCUUAGGGCACAGUGCAGAGGAGUUGUACCUGUCAUCAAUAAAGGUCAAGUGGGGACUAAACCUACCACUUCAAAAAGCAAGGGCAAAGAAGUAAAGACACAAAAAGAAACAUGUGGUUGGUAUAUACAUGCAUCUAGGUCAAACCCCGAAUCUGAUUGGUUUAUAAGGACCUUAAACCAAACUCAUACAUGCUUACAAACAAGAAAACUCAGAGCUUGUACUGCUUCUUUAAUCUGCAAGAAAAUCAUAGAUCAAGUUGAGGCAGAUCCGAAGAUUCCUUUGAGAGCCAUACAAGAUCACUUUCAAAAGACCUACCAGGUGGGUAUUUCAAUGGAUAAGGUGUUUAGGGCAAAAGAUAUGGCAAGAAAGCAUGUAACUGGGGACUACACAAAACAGUUUGAGUUGUUGAGGGACUAUGCUCUUGAACUUCAAGCUACAAACCCAGACACAACAGUCAAAAUAGAUGUGUGUCCUAAUGGCAACCCUGCAUCCCCAACAAGGCAGUUUAGAAGGAUUUAUGUAUGCUUGGGUCCACUGAAAAAAGGUUUCAAAGCAUGUCUUAGAGACUUAGUAGGUUUGGAUGGUGCCUUCAUGAAAGGCCCAUUCCCUGGUCAGGUUCUUACAGCAGUUGGUCUAGAUUCCAACAAUGGAAUUUAUCCCUUAGCCUAUGCAAUUGUUGAGUCUGAAAACACAGCUAGCUGGAAGUGGUUUUUAGAAAACCUUGGGGAUGACUUGGAGCUUGGGAGCAACUCAAACUAUACUUUCAUAAGUGACAGGCAAAAGGGAUUACAAAUUGCAGUUGAUCAAUUGUUUCCCAAUGCUGAGCAUAGGUAUUGUAUUAGACAUAUUCAUGACAAUAUGAGAAAGAAGUGGGGGCAAACUGAGUACAGGGACCAUUUAUGGAGGUGUGCAUCAGCAACCACCAUUCCUGAGUUUGAACAUUUGAUGAAAGAGUUUAGUGAGUAUGAUAAGGAGGCAUGUCAAUGGUUGAAGCAAAUUCCUCCUGUACAUUGGGCAAGGAGUCAUUUCUCAGGAAGAGCUGUUUCUGAUGUGUUGAUUUCAAACAUGUGUGAAGUGUUUAAUGGGAAGAUAGAGAAAGGCAGGGACAAACCUGUAAUUUCAUGUUUAGAGUUCAUUAGGGAGUAUCUAAUGAAGAGGAUAUGCAAUGUCAUGAAGGCAAUGAAGAAGGCUAAAGGUCCACUAACACCUACAGCAACAGACAUCCUAGAUGCAAGGAAAAAAGGUGCUUCACAAUAUAUUGCUAGGUGGAAUGGGGCAAACAAGUAUCAAGUCACUGCAGCAUUGCAAGAUCAACAUGUGGUGGAUGUUAGGAACCAAACCUGUACUUGCAGAAAGUGGGAAUUAAUGGGAAUACCUUGCAGGCAUGCAAUUGCAACUCUGAAUGAAAUGAGCAAAGACCCUGAGGCUGAGCUUGACAUUUACAAGUGGGUACACAAGGUGUAUUGGCUAGAGACAUGGCAAAAAGCUUAUUCAUUUAAGGUGGAACCAAUUAAAGGGAGACCCAUGUGGCCUAAAAGUAAUUGUCCAACAAAGCUAAUCCCUCCUCCACAUCACACUCAGGUGGGAAGGCCUAAAAAAAAAAGAAGACAAAGUGAGGGUGAAAGGUUAAGCAAAAGGCAGAAGGCAAGUGAAGGUGAUGGAGUCAAUGAGAUGCAAGGAGAAAAUUCCCAAGGGCCAAGAAAUGAUGGAGUGCAGAAGCUAUCAAGGAAACAUGUUAGUGUUACUUGUAGCAAAUGCAAGAAUAAAGGACACAACUCUAGGACCUGUAAAGGGCAAGGAGGGAAUCAAUCUAAGAAGUGAUUGUGGUUAUUUGUUGUGGUGCAAUGACUAUUUAGUUUCUUGUUGUUAAAAACUGUUUGUUUUUGAAAACUUUAGUUAUGGUUUGAUGAUGUGGUUAUGUAUGGUGCACAGACACUUGUAUGCUUAACUUGGUAAUGGUUUUUGGUUCCACUCAUGUGGUUAAUGGAAUGUUCAUUUUGGUAAAUUUAUGACAUGU